AUGAAGACGCUCGACGAGUUUGGCUGUCCCUUCUCGCCUAAGCGCAUGCCCUUGCCCCAAGCUCCUUCAUCCGACGCCGACUCUGACGACACCAACUCUGACGCGUCGUCCUCUUCCGAUUCCAAUCAAUCCUCGGCCGAUGACAGCGAGAGGGAGGAUGGUGAUGCCGACAUUGACCAUCGAAGAGCUAUUAAGCUCUGGGCGGCCAUCCAUAGUUCGCAUCGAAACGCGACCGGUCGUAUGAGCCCAAGAAAGUGGAGAGCGCUCAAGCAAUGGGUCGCCAAGCGAUAUUACUCAGAACUGAGAAUAUCCUCGGUGCUCGGCAUCUCUCAUGCCAGGCUCGUUGAAGCCGUAAAGAGGAUCAACAAGGCCGCCUCGAAGGGUAAUGCCUGGUCCAGGUUCCUUUCGAACCCUGUUGUAAUCGAAUGCCUUCGGCGACAAAGCAAGGGUGAGUUUAUACUGAGUGCUCCUGCUCAUAGCCAUCGUGCCUCCCUGCCGCAUCAUCGCAUUACCCAGGCUUAUUUCAUGUCUAUAAUGUUGUUCCCUUGUUGUGAUCAUCACCUUGUCAGACACCAACCCCUCGAAGGCUCGCCGCAUUACCAAACGUGCAGCUCAACUCUGGAGAUACCUUACUGGCAAGGGAGAUUUCGGAUCUGCUGGUCUUACGGAGGACGACCAAGAGCUCGUCCGCGCGGCCUUUGCGGCCGCACAAGCGGGUACCAGUACGACUUCUACUUCAAUUGUACCGCCGACUAUCAUCAUGCCGUCAGCCUCCGACAUUCCUUCCCCAACUCGGAUGAAAGAGUGCCAAAAAUAUAUCGCGCAUCUACGGGAGGAGGCGGAUCGCAUGUCGAAAAUGUACGGUGUCGAAACCCUAACCUUUGUCGUUCCUCGAUUUCAAGACGACAUGUCGCCAACGACAAAAGCGAUGAUUUACUCGCUAGGCGGUGGGAGUUUUGCGGCCCACCACAACUAUUUCAAAGAUCCGCAGGGUAACUCGUUGUUGUCUAAUUUCGCUUCCAAGACGAGCUGGGAUGAGACACUCACAGCGAAUGAAGCCUCAGAAUUGAAGGAGGGUGAGUUCCCCAUUUGUCUGCGUCUGUAAUUGCGGUGCCAACUUUCACUGAUAUUCCGUUGUCCUGUCCUGUCAGCAAACACCCGUUCAAUGGACAGUGUCACGCGCGACGUUCUCGCCAAAUGGCACGGCACUCUAUUCCGCGCCCAGCUAAGUAAGUAGCUCCCACCUGGUAAGGGUUGACUUCUAGCUGAAUCUUCCCCCGCCUUUAUAGAUUCUGCUCUUGCGACAAUGCAUCGCCAUUCCGACGAGAGCUCAUCGCCAGGCGAAUUUACGCCUCAAAAGAAAAUGGUGUGGUCGAUUCAAGGCUUGAAGGCACUAGGUGUUAAAGUGCAGAUCAAGGAUGGAACGAAGAGUGGAUAUGAAAUGGCUCUGCACCAUAGUGCGGAUACCUCGCCUAAGUUGAAUGUUGCUCAGCUCAAGGCUAUCAUUGACGACCUACGUCACGGCCGCAUCGCUGUUGUACCUUCGCUGGACCGGAACGAUAAACCAGGGGCAAGCGGCAAUGCCUCGACGGGUGAAGGAGGACCUCUGAGCCCAAACACAGAGGAAAGCGAAGGUGACUCUGAUGACGACGACCCCUGA